CUGUCUCCACAAUACAGGAGUAGUCCAAUAAUAACACUCCCAAAAUAAAAAGGAGGGUCUUUAUGAAGAUUGCAGUGUUUAUGUGAUAAAAUCUUAGCUCAAUGUAAAAUCAUAUACCAACAGUGAAGGUGAAUUACAUUAUUUAUUCAUUGUUAUCCAUCAAGUAUUGUGUUGUCUCUUAUGGCAUUGUGUGUAUUUUUAUGGCAUUUGAUUUCACUGCUGUAAACCACUUUGUGCUGUAUGCUCAAAGUGCUAUACAAAUAAAGUGAUUAUUAUAAUGUGGAGGACUGCAUGGCUUGUAUCUGAGGCCAAUAACACACAGAAUCAGUCCAGCUUUGCUCCACUGGGGAUCCUCCUGCCCCAUUGACAUGGGCUGUGGACAACAAUGGGGAGACAAUGACACCCAGUGGAAAGAGGAGGGCAGUCGCAUUCUGGAGUGUCAGCCUAAAGGGAGAAGUGCCUUGCGGUGACAUCACUUCUCUUCUCGGCGUUCCUGCGCGCAGUCCCAUGGUGCACUGCUUCCUCAUCCACACCCUGGGCCCCGUCAGCGGGCUCCCAGUGGGGGGGAGUCGGAUCCUGUUCUCCCGUGUGUUCGGCCCCGAGGAGGGGGAGGCAUUGCCGAACACCCCCGCCCCAGACCUCUGUCCUGAGGAGAGACGCCUCUUGCAGAGGGAGAAACUGGCCCUGGUGGCAAGGCAGGUACGGAGCGUGUGUGGGCUCCAGCGUGAGGCGGGCGGGCGCCCGGCCGUGGAGGCGGUGCUGGGGGAUGAGUCUGCAGCUCUGAUGGACGCGGACAGCGGGGUUUUUCGGUUGGGGGCAGGAGACCCUUUCCCCGGGGGGGUCACGGUGCUGUGGCUGGCUGUGCAGGGCGUGGGCUUCACGCUGGUCUGCCCCCCCCACGAGAACCUGCUGCUCGGGGAGAGCGCUCUGCGCAGCCUGGCCAGGGUGUGUCUGGAGAACCUGCGACUGCUAGGGCCUGGGAGCGAGGUGGUCCUGAAGAGCGACCGUAUUGAGGCAGCGCUCAACCGGCUCCUCCCCCACGGUCAGCUCUUGUUCCUCAACCAUCGAUUCGCUCAGAUCCUCGACAAGGACCUGGCAGCCUACAUGGCCAAAUGAGCCCCCGCCACCCUUGGCAAGGGACAGAGAGGAGAGAGCUGCGAUUGGUGGAGAUCCGAGGACCGUGCAAAUUCAUUGGCUGCAGGGAGCUGGUGAUCCUGUUCUUAGAUGGUGUGUCAUGUCGCUGCGUGGGUCCCUGAGCGGGUGGACGGAGAGAGGACUCUGAACCGGUCCAAACCGGUCCGAACCGGUCCGAACUCACUGACUGAACCCACUGACCAAACCCAUCCACAAAUCCGCAACAGCAAGGUUGCCAAUGAUCAGUUUAGAUUUGGGUGAUGCAGGGAAUUAGACAUGGUUGUCUUACUUAUAUGUAAUCCUUAAUAUAAUAAAUACAUUUUCCUCACUGUAA